CCUCUCUCAAGUCUCAACGAGAAAGAGGAGAGACGAUUUUUGUCAUUCCAAGCAACUGAAAAAACUCGUUUAUAGUAGCCUAGAGCGAGAAGCAGAAAUCCUUUUAGAGAGAGAAACCGACGACGCUGUGAGCUCCAUCCUGAAGCCAAUUGGUGAUGGUCUUCUCUGCAAUCUGUUUUGCUUUGCACAUGUACAACAAUUCCCGUUGUUGAUGCAUUGGAGAUUCUCUGAGAAGCUUUGAACAAUUCGAAGUUUCAGGUUUCGUGCUCUGGUAAUAGAAGGUGGUUUUGAAUUUCCUUUCAAGAAAAUCUAAACACAAAAAGAAGCCUUCGAUGGGUUCAAUUGCAGAACCAGUCCAAGAAAUAACAGUCAGCAAGCCCCCAGGAAUUCGAUUUGUAGAGUACAUAAAAAGAUCAGCUAUUUCUUACCGAACGUAUCAAGCCAUUGUCCUAAUAGUAACAUUUUUCGCGUACACAGCCUACCAUGCUACGCGAAAAACUACCAGCAUUGUGAAAAGUGCACUCGAUCCCCAAUCACCAGAUGAGAACUUGAAAUCCCCCUUCUCAUGGAGAAGGGCUUAUGCACACAAGCCAUUGGAAAACAGUAGAAAUUCACGGGUGCUUGGAGCCGGUUGGGAACCAUUUAAUGGUUCCGAAGGUACAUCAUUGCUCGGGGAACUUGAUGUGGGCUUCCUUUUUGUUUAUGCAAUUGGAAUGUUCUUCUCUGGGCACGCAGGCGAUCGGAUAGAUCUUAGACAAUUUCUGACUAUAGGAAUGGUGGGAACUGGUUUAUUCACUGCUUUAUUUGGAGUUGGGUAUUGGGCGAAUGUCCAUAUCUUCUAUUACUACUUAACAGUCCAAAUUCUUGCUGGAUUAUUCCAAUCGACUGGUUGGCCUUCUGUAGUUGCAGUCGUAGGUAAUUGGUUUGGCAAGAAGAAGCGAGGACUUAUAAUGGGUAUUUGGAAUGCUCACACAUCGAUUGGGAAUAUUACGGGGUCUGUGGUUGCUUCUAUGUUGUUGAAAAAUGGAUGGGGUUGGUCCAUGGUUGUUCCCGGUCUAGGUAUAACUUUUAUUGGGAUAGUUGUAUUUCUUUUGUUGCCAGUGAGUCCUGAAUCCGUUGGAGCUAAAGUAGACGAAGAUGAUCUCCCCUCUCCCAAAAAACUAUGGGAAGAAGUGAGAGAACCUCUGUUGAAACCAGAGGUCGAAGAGGAGUCAGCUGUUGGGUUUUUAGAAGCAUGGAGAAUUCCCGGGGUUGCUCCUUUUGCUCUCUGCCUUUUCUUUGCUAAGUUGGUGGCCUACACAUUCCUCUACUGGCUUCCUUUCUACAUUAGCCACACAGCUAUCGAGGGAAGGUAUGUGUCUAACGAGGAAUCUGGGACUUUAUCUACAUUGUUUGAUGUUGGAGGAGUGGUUGGAGGGAUCCUAGCAGGCCACAUUUCUGAUCGGUUAGAUGCACGGGCCAUUACAGCCGCAAGUUUCAUGUACUGUGCAAUUCCAGCUCUCUAUUUCUACAGAAGCUACGGACACGUUUCCAUGACCGUAAAUAUCAUUCUCAUGUUGAUCACUGGCAUGUUUGUGAAUGGACCAUAUGCUCUUAUAACAACUGCAGUUUCGGCCGACCUGGGAACACACAGCUCGUUAAGAGGGAAUUCCAGGGCCCUAGCCACAGUCACGGCUAUUAUAGAUGGGACGGGUUCCAUUGGGGCCGCCUUGGGUCCACUGCUAACGGGAUACAUUUCCACCAAGAGCUGGAGUGCAGUAUUCACAAUGUUGAUGGUAUCAGCUCUAAUAGCUGGCUUACUUCUAACAAGACUCGUUGUGGCCGAGGUGGCUGCAAAGAUCCACUCGAAUAGGUCAAGGCCUUCUACACUUGUAUGAAUUCGAGAUUCUUUUUUCCGCGUGAUACUCUGUCUCAAGUUAAUAUCCCAAGAGAUUAUGGACGAAGAGAAUAUGGGAUCGAAUAGGAGAAGGUGUUUUACACAAUUUGAAAUUUGAAAUUAAGGAAAGAGUGGCACUUCCCUUGAAAGUACAUUUUGUGCAGAUUCUUGUUUGCAUUCAACCUGUAAAAGCCAGAAUAUCAUUUGUAACCUUCUCAUUUGUUGUAUAUAGAAGCAGCUUAUGGAACAACAAUUUCUUAAUACAGCUAGAGAAUGAUGUCUUUCUCAAUUAUUGAGAACCCAUAAGUGGAUCUUUUGAUGCCUCUGACGGUCGUUUUACAAUUUCAACUUGUACUUUUCUCACCAAUACGAAAGCAGUAGAAAUUGUUUAUUUA